GCUGGGAGAUGGGGUACCUGAACUUUUAUUCCUCCCCAUCUCCCUGUGCUGUAGCUUCCUCCGUGUCUCUCUCUCUCGUCUGUGUGUGUGUGUGGGAUCUUGCUGUGCAGAUGUACAGUGGGCUGGAGCAGGAGCUGAAGGCGGCUGGCGCCCUGGGCCAGCAGGCCAGCCCCAAGCUGGAGGUGGACAAGGUGAAGAGGCCCAUGAACGCCUUCAUGGUGUGGUCCCGGGGCCAGAGGAGGAAGAUGGCACAGGAUCAUCCCAAGAUGCACAACUCGGAGAUCAGCAAGAGGCUGGGCGCCGAGUGGAAGCUGCUGAGCGACGCCGAGAAGCGCCCGUUCAUCGACGAGGCCAAGAGGCUGCGCGCCGUGCACAUGAAGGACUACCCGGACUACAAGUACCGCCCGCGGAGGAAGAGCAAGGCGCUACCUCGGAAGGACGGCAAGGUCUCGCUGGUGGCGGCCGGCGGAGCGCUGCUGGCGCCAGGACCCAGCGGAAGCCCGUACCCCUGGGGGGCGGCGCCAGGGGGGUUCCUGACGGCCGACGCGCUGCCGCCCGCAUGCGCAGGAGGAGGGGGCUUCCCGACGGCCGACGCGUCGCUGCCCCAGGCCCCCGGCUCCGCGCAGGCGCCGUACCCGCCGCCGCUUCAUCAAGCCCGCUACGAGAUGCCGUACACCGCCGCU